UUGCAAAAAAAUCAUACAAAAACCUUCGAUUAAGAUUGACCUCCCAAGGUAAUAGCACAGAGUGUGUUUAAUUCACCAGAAAAGAGGACAAUUGUGAAAAAAUUGAAGGUGUUUCAAUAAGUGACUCGUUGAUUUUUUGAAAAGGUACUAGAAAUGACCGAGCACGUUACCCGAUAAUUACAUAACUAUUGGCUGGCUUUCUAUUCGCACACACCUUUUGAAAUGACGCAAGUUGCGUACAUGUGUACCAAUGGGGCCCAUGCCGAGCCUGAAAUACCGGUAAUGGAUGAUAUUUGUGUGUGUUCUUUUCACAUUGACUCACCGGCUAGCUGGUUCAUUCACAACUCGUUGUGUUUUGUAGUUAAGUGGCAUUAGGCUCGUACUUGCACUCCCUUGCAAGGAGUUUGAUGACAUGAGGCGUGAGGCAAUCGGACUCAAUAUGGAGAGGACGAUGAACAAAUUUCAAACGAGUUGACAUUACUGCGACGAUUUUUUUAAAAUUAUUCAGCUUGAAAAUCUUGAAAUUUAAGAUUAUAUAUAGCCCCUCAUACAGCCCCUGUGAGGAAAUAGUCGAAGAUUGCAAUUAUUCAAGAUGAUGGCAGUGUCUUCAGGACGAUCAAACGAUGAACAAACGAUUCCUUAAGAGAAGCAAAUAAAACAAAGACUUUUCAUAUGUAUGAGGGGCUAUAUAUAGCCCCUCGUGUCUCAAUUUCCGACAAUUGCGGAGCGAUCGGAACUGGUGAAGAUUGUAAACCAGGAAAAUAUGUAAACAUACUUUCCUUGUCAACACGUUCCAUUAUCGGAGCCUGAUAACGCCUGAAUUUGUCGUAGGUCACAGUUGGCAAUCUCAAGAAAUGGAAAAGAAUCAAUCGACAAUGUCAACAUCAGAGCCCGCGCCAACGGCACCGCCGCCCUCACCCACAGCACUUCCACCUUCCUACGAGGAAGCCAUUGCCCAGUCGAUGGGGAUGACAAACCCAUCGAUCAACGGCACACCAUAUCUGCAAAGUAAUUCCACGGUAUCCGUGUCCACUCCAUCUGUCCAACCCACGGUGCACAUGCCCAGGCCACAUCAACCCGAUGUUACUGAUGGGUGUGAUACACAGUUUGCACCUCCGUCGUAUGCAAUUACCUCGGAGUUGAGGGUCAUCAGGGGUCGGGCCGCGUAUGUGUUGGCUCCAGGACCUUUGAAGAUGCAGUGCCCCUCGUGUAUGGCGGACAUCAAGACAUCUACCGUUUCGGAUCAUCAGCCUAUGGCGCAUGUCUGCUGUCUCAUUCUCUGUGUUAUCGGAUGUUGUCUGUGUUCGUGUCUACCCUACUGUAUGACUUUCUUCAUGAAAGUUCACCAUUUUUGCCCCCGAUGUAGAAUAUACAUCGGCACAUGGAAAGGCUUCGAGCCCUCACAAAGACUCAUUGCGCUAAGAGUUUGAAAUUCCCAGGCUCUGGGAAUGAAUUCAACAAUAACGAGCGACAAGUCGCGACGAUUCUCACGCAGAUUAUUAUAUCAGUGAGAUGCGAUUUUUCUCAAAUAAAAACAUUAAGUGGUAUUCGUGUCAGGAUACACCUCGAGGACGAUCAUUUGUCGCAUCUAAGUCGCUGUUGUUGACAGACGACGGGAGGAAACAAACUUUUCUAAUUUCGAAUAAUUUCUAUUGUUUUUUAAAAGGACUUUUUACUGUUGUUAGUGUUUUUUUUAUGUUUGUUGGUAAGUUAUUCUAUCAAAAAGAGCCAAGUCUUCCCAAAUAUUGUCGAAGGGAGUUAUUUUCUUCGGAUAAAAAUGAAGAUUAUGAUUUGUAUCGUAAAACAUCGAGGGAUGUUGAAAAAUGUUGUUAUAAGAGAUUAUCCAAUGAUAUUCAAUCCUCGCCUUUCAAAUCUAUUCCUAAAUAUUGAACCAUCAAUGUUAAAUGUGUGAAGAGUAAUAUCUGUUCUACAGAUAUUUUAUGUCACCGUAAAAAUAUAUGAAUAAAAAAUAUUUUAUGUCACUGUAAAAAUAUAUGACUGUAUGUAAGGUGUAAUAAAUACACAUUAGUUAUAUAUGGUCGAUGAAAAAA